AUUUAGGAAAUAAGAUCUGGGUUUUAUAUUUUGAAUGUAUUGUCUAAAACUAAAAUAUACUAAUAUACAAUAACAACCAAUAACACGCAAAGACAGUGCUUUAAGUUUCAUUUUCACUUUCUAUCGACCAUUUUGAUAUCACUUCCUCCCCUUCUGCCCUCGCCAGAUAAAGUGAACAGCAAUAAGUAAUCGUCUACAGUGCCAUAAAAUAUAAAUGUUUAUAGGAAUAAAAAUACAAAAAUGCUAAUAAGAUCCGUAUUACAUGUCAGCCUUUGCAUGCUACUGUCGCAGCACAUAACAGGUGAACCCAAAAACAUUGAUGGUUUACAGAAUGAAGACAUUGUUUUAUGUCCAACCUUCAGUGGUGAAUUGGAAGACAUUACAUGGAAGUUGGGCAACAAUAAAAUUGCAGAAUAUGAUUCAUUUAAAGUUACAACGUAUUAUGGUGGUUUCAAGAAAGAAACAGAAUUAAACAUUAUAAGUGGGUGUCUGAAAAUGAAUAAUAUCACAGAUCGGCGGGAUGGAUUGUACACAGCAGAACUACAGAUUGGAGGCAAGCUGCAGGACCAUAAGUUCAAACUAAAAGUGUACAGACCUGUUUCCAAACCGAAUGUAACCUGCAGUGUCACCGACUCUAAUGUCACUCUACUCUGUGAGGGAGAUGAGAGCCUGGGUGACCAAUACAGAUGGGAAGUCCUUGAGAACCAGGUGUGUCGUGGGACCACUAACGGAAAAAAUCUGACAUUUUCAAAAGAAGAGAACCAUAACAUAGAGUACACAUGCAUUUUCAGCAACCUCAGGAGUGAAGAGAGAAGUGACCCUAUUAAAAUCUGCUUUGUUCCAGGUGGACGUUCCCAUAUAUUGGUACUGAUACUGGUGUUGCUGGCAGUGGCAGUACUGGCAGGACUGAUAGUGUGGCGUUAUUCAAAGUCACAAGUUAGAGGAACACAUGGCAAUAGUAUGGCUGGACACAAUGGAACAUGUAUGGACUGUUUUAUUAGAAAGCAACAAGGAGAGCAAAUCAAUGAGACAGCUCCAUUCAUAAAAACAAACCAGCGUGAUAGUGAAAACAAGCCAGCGACUGAGGGAGAAGCCACACUGUCUCCAGCACCCUGGGGAGAAGCCCCGCUGUUUCCAACACCCCAGGGAGAAGCCCCGUUGUCUCCAGCACCCCAGGGAGAAGCCCCGCUGUCUUCAGCGCCUGUGGGAGAAGCUGCGCUGUCUUCAGCGCCUGAGAGAGAAGUCCUGCUGUCUCCAGCACCCCAGAGAGAAGCCCCGCUGUCUCCAGUGCCACAGAGAGAAGACCUGAUGUCUUCAGUGCCUGAGGGAGAAGCCCUGCUGUCUCCAGCGCCUGAGGGAGAAGCCCCACCGUGUUCAGUGCCUGAGGGAGAAGCUCCGCCGUCUUCAGCGCCUGAGGGAGAGGCCACGCUGUCUUCAGCGCCUGAGAGAGAAGACCCGCUGUCUCCAGUGCCUGAGGGAGAAGACCCGCUGUCUCCAGUGCCUGAGGGAGAAGACCCGCUGUCUUCAGCGCCUGAGGGAGAAGCCCCGCUGUCUCCAGCAGCCUGGGGAGAAGCCCCGCUGUCUCCAGCACCCCAGGGAGAGGCCCCGCUGUCUCCAGUGCCACAGAGAGAAGACCUGCUGUCUUCAGCACGAGAAGGAGAAGCCCCGCUGUCUCUAGCGCCUGAGGGAGAAGACCCGCUGUCUCCAGCACCCCAGGGAGUGGCCCAGCUGUCUCCAGCUCUACAGGAUGAAAACAAAAAUGAUGUAACAAGUCUUUAAUUCUUCCAGGAAAGAAGGAAAUGCUCGAAAAGAACGUGAUUCAGAUGAAGAACAAUGAAAAAGAUGGAAAUUGAAUAGAAGUGGAUUCAAAUGAACUUAAUGUUGCCAUUGGAUUCCGUUGCCAGUAAAGUGGAGUAUGACAUUACCAGACACCCAAUAUGGUAUUCCCUAAAUACGUCUUGAUAACAUUGCAUAAUUCAUAUUUUUUUGUUCAAGGUUAUAUUGUUGUGAAUGAUUUCGCAAUUUGUGUUUGUAUUCAAAAUUAUGUUUAGUUUUUUAAGGCAUUUAUUAUUUUAACAGCUGGCAGAAUAUUUUAAAUUGUAUUACAUACAUAUUUUUUUUCAAUCAGUUGCUACAGUAUAUAAGUAAACAUGGACCCUCCCUUAUGUAUGUUAAAGGAAUAUAAUCUGUCAGUACUGGUGGUUAAACAGGGAUGCGCAUGGCUUUGUGAUGGCUCUUCUGAGGCAUGGAAAGCUUUUUGAUCCUCCUGCCCUGGCUCAGGCUCAGAGUCCAGCUGGAUGUCUGUCUCCAGGAUGUACAGUAUUGUGAAUUAGGGACAGCUAAGAAAGUCAAGCAGCCCUCUUUACUAGUGAAAAAUAAAUCUUAGGGAACUUGCACAGCAGUUGGCUUCUAGUUUUACAUCUAAAUCACAAUUUAUUUGGGCUGUAGUUGAAAAAGCUGUAUAUCCUGAAUUAAAGUAAACCUUUUUUUUUAAAAAAGCCCAAUAAAAUAACCAUCUUUACCACAAGAAAAGAUCAAUGACAGUUGACUGUAUGCAUGUAUAUAUUUAUUUAUAUAUUUAUUUAUUUUCUAUUUUGUUUUUUUAUCCCAUAAUGAACGUUUUAAAAAUAAUUUAUUACCGUUUCAAUAUUUGGCAUGUUAAAUAAAAUAAGCACCAUAUCUUAUAUUUGGGUGUCUAAGCCAGCUUGAGCCAGGUGGAAAUUCUAUAAACGUAGACAGUAAGAAAAUGAACACUCGAGGUGUGCGCCACUAAUGUCUUCCCCAUUGAAGCAGUGAGUUUGUUGAGUUUGCUAUGUUACUGUUUGAUCAGGUGUGGAGUGGAUUGCAUAUGCUGCCAUUUAUUAAAUUUUUAUGUGAGUACAUUUUUAUACAAAUAGAUUAGAUAACCUGAAGUCAUUCUUAUGAAUGUUUAUCAUCUCAUCUUUUAAGUAUCAUUGCUGUCUGUGUGAUAACAUUUAAAUAUGAACAAAAAGUCUUGAUGCUUAAUGCUUUGAGAUAGCCAUUGCUUUAAAUGAAAAAGUGUGGUAUACUAAUAAUGUUAUCUAAUCACUUGCAUCACCAAGGUAACAGAGUUAUACAGUACAUAUCUAACUCUGUAUACCUUACUUCUGUCCUAGGGUUUAAAAAAAAAAAAAAAAAAAAAAAUAGACUUCACCUCAUCGUGUGUGUGUGUUAAAGGAAGGACUAAAUCUUAUAACUUGAUAAAAAUACUUUGUUUUGGUUUCUAAGAGAGACUCUGAGAUAUGUAUAAAAUGCCUUCAAUCUGCUUCACUCCUGACCAUAGCCAAUCCAAGCCUAUUCAUGUAUUGUACAGAUUAUGCAACAUGGGUACAAUCCAAUAGCUUUGUUCCUCUUAUAUCUUUAUGCAAUAAGAAUCUUGUAGUUAAAUUUGUUUUCAUGACUUGCACUCCACUGAAAAAUGAGAGAAGUUUAAACAUGCACUGCGAUCCAUAUUGGAAAAAAAACAUACAUAUAAUAAGUAUGGUUUCUCCAUACUAUAGUUUGUCGAAGUGAGAAAUACAGUAAUGUAAAGCUAGUAUUAUCAGGGACUUCGCUUUGUACAAGUCUGGAUGUAAAGUUAGUGUUAAGGCUGCCACACACUACACGCAAUGCAAUUUUUUAAUUGGCGACAAGACACUUUCGCAGCGACAUGACCAUAUACACCAGAAGUGACACAGAGGUGAUGCUAUCUAUACAACUAUUAAAAAUUGCUAUUGACAAAACUAUGAUCAAGACUGGUACAUAUUCGUCAACAUGAUGUAGUAAAUAUGAGUGUCUUCUCUGGCGGUAUUUCAACACAUAUGGCAAUAAAUCAUACAUACCAAGCUUAUCCAGUUCCUUCGAAAUGGACUCCCAUAUAUUGCCUUUCAAAUCUGUAUCUUUAUAAUUAUGGGUAUUUUUUUCAACAGCAAGUAUUGUUUCCUCCAUCAUUUUGGAUACUGCUUCACCCUGCUGGACCACGUGCAUUGAAGCUGUUCUCUGAUUGGUCAAUUCCCUAGUUGACUUGCGACAAAUCGCAAAAAAUAGGAUUCAAUCUUAUUUAUUUUGUGUCGUUCCAGUGCAGUUCCUGCGUCACCUGUCAUGUCGCAUAUCAUGUGAAAGAUACUUAUCAAAAGUAUAGGCUCUAUUCAUUUUGUCACAUCGCGUCUGGCGGGUAGCACACUUUAAUCAGGGAUUUUGCUUUGUGCAAGUCUGGAUUGUCAACUAAAGAUUUCAGUGAACUUAAAAUAUGUGACAAUAUUGGAACAAAUUAGGAAGAUAAGAAGUAGGUAGGAUAAAAAAAAGAAUAACAUAUUCCUUCGAAUUUAAGACACACAUUUUAAACCAUAUUUUGCAUCUUUAUUUGAUGUUUUACUUACUCCUCAAAUUGAGCUGGGAAAAUUGGGUUGCAGUGUGGAGUAGUGGUUAGGGCUCUGGGCUCUGGGCUCUGGACCCUUGACCGGAGGGCCGUGGGUUCAAUCCCAAGUGGGGGACACUGCCGCUGUACCCUUGAGCAAGGUAGUUUACCUAGAUUGCUCCAGUAAAAACCCAACUGUAUAAAUGGGUAAUUGUAUGUAAAAAUAAUGUGAUAUCUUGUAACAAUUGUGAGUCGCCCUGGAUAAGGGCGUCUGCUAAGAAAUAAAUAAUAAUAAUAAAUUCGAUGCUGUCUUAAAUUCGAAGGAAUACACUUCUUUUCAGUCAUGUUUAAUGUGUUUUAAAUUAUGCUGUGUAUUCUGCAUGUGCAUCCAAACAAACCUGUACUGUGUUGUAUUAUUAUUAUUUGUAAUAAAAAUACAUUUCAGAG